AUGUCUUCACCUAGCGCUUCUCCACCUUCCUCACCCGCUUCUACAUCCUCUACUUCGACGGAAGAAAGGUCAACUCGCACGAUGGCAGAUGUUGUUAAUGAUUUUGAUACGGAGGAACUAAUCGAAUACCUGCGGAAGAAGAACUUGAAGCUUAAAGAGUCGCAUUUCAAGAUUUUUCGAAAAGAGAUUACUGGUUCCGCAUUUCUGGAUAUGAUUAAGGAAGAGUUUCGUGAUAUUGGAUUUGCGUUGGGGCCUGCAAAAAUACUCGCAAAAUUUAUCGAGGAUCUCGGACAAAAACUAAGAAGUUAUUCGUCGUAUAAAACUCUGGAUGACCUGAAAGAAAUGCUACGUAAGAAUAAGGUUAAUGGGGAAGAUAUAACGAAUAUCAAACAGUUCACACCCGUGUUCGAGGAAAUAGACGAUAAUGAAAAAGCAUUCGAACGUAGAGACUAUGACGGACGCCAACGAAGCAACGAGAUGCGAAUUUAUUUCGGCAAUUUUACAUGCGUCAAUUGA